AUGGGAAGAAGUGGGGACUCCUCGCUGGAGGAGAGCAGUGACGAAAGACACGCCAGUCGCAAAGCGACCAAAGAAAAGAGAAAGAGAAACGCUGACAGGUCGUCCAGCAGCGAGCGUUCGCAGGACGACAGCAGCAGCGACACAAGUUCAGACACCUCGCAAUACAGUUCUUCCUCAGAGGACGAGAGAGCUUCCAAACGCCGAAAGAAGGAGAAGAAGGAGAAGAAGGCGAAGAAGGAGAAGAAGGCGAAGAAGGAGAAGAAGGCGAAGAAGGAGAAGAAGAAAAAGCGGGUCAAGCAGAAGAAACCGAAGAAGGAAAAGGACUUUUAUAGCUCUGGAUGCGUGACGAAUCAGUACGGCAAGUACGGCCUUCUCCAAGAGAGCGACAUGUGGAAGAAGAGAGCCGAGUUUUCUCUCUGGCUGAUGGAAAUAAAAGACAAGAACCUGGAGGAACUUUCAGGAUGGGAAGAACGUGAAUUGUUCAAGGAUUUCAUGGAGGAUUUCAACACCGCCACGUUGCCAAGCAAGAAGUACUACAACCUGGAGCUCUUUGAGGCCAAGCAGCGCAUGAAGAGGACAAAUCUACAAGAGUCGCGAGAACUGACUGACUUCAACGAUGAGGCCAGAAGAAAGAUGGAAAUCAAGAACAUGAUUAACCAGCGAAGGAAGUUGGAGGCUGAGGCUCAACUGCGUUCGAUGCGCGAGGACCGUGAGAAGGUCGACGACAUGCGCCAACAGAAACUCCUCAAAUCUCAGGUGGAGACGCUGUAUCGAAUGGGAGCGAAUACAGAGGCGAAGAAACUUGCAGACCUCAUAAACCCGGACAAGUGAACUUCAGAAAGAAUUCCAGUAUCAAGAUUUCUUGCGAGCAGAAAAAACAAUCCUUGGUAGUCUCGCACAGAGUCAGCCGGUGGUGCUUCAAAGCCGGUCGGAGAUGCGGGUGCUUGAAACAACGAUCACGGAAACAGAUUUCCACCUAGGCAUUUGGGUGGUGACAUCACUUCCCAAAGAAAAGAGUGUCUGAGAGAUCGCGAAACUAAAGAACUUGAAAAACACCACUAGAGCGGAAAAACACACUACCACCGCCACAAGAAGAAAUCUCGAUUUUAGAGCGGCUGUUACAGACUGUCCAACCUACCACUACUAAACCGAGUUAAAUCAUACAGGGUGGAGCUAAGUAAAUAUCAAUGCAUAGAUAAAAGGAAAGUGACUUUGUAGUUCCCUUUUUUCAGGGUUCUUGCUCCGCGGAGUGCGCGAGCAGGGCAGAAGAAGGAAUCGAACGGAGCUGCAGAGACAAAAAAACAAAUGCGUUUCUGUGUCAAAAUCUCGACGCCCAUGUUUGUGUGGUGGCGAUGUCUCAUUUCUUUGUUUCUUUCUGAUGGAAGACUUUUUGCUUUCGGUGCAGUUAGUGUGUCUGCUAUGUUUGGUCUAAUGCGUUGUUAUCCUUUGACCUCAAGCAGAAUUCCCUAUAAGCAACAGAGACAUCCAGUGACCGAAGAUUUGGUCUUGCCGCUUGCGGAAGUCAGAGGUUGCCUGUGUCUUAUAAAUGGAGUCAUAUUCAGUGUCCAGGUUUCAUAGUGUCUCUGUUCAUUCGAUUUGUUAUACAUUUCUGGAUGUCGCGGGGUGAGACCGGAAAGACUGAGUAGAGUCCGUGAAUUUACAGUCGACUUAGUUUUGUCUUUUCCAGGUCAGGUGUUUUUGCCCUCUAAUCCUCAGAUUGUAUCAGCACGCCAGUGUCGGCUGAUGAUUCUUUCAACUGCAUCAUAAACUACAUAUUUAAGCGGGUGCCAAUAGACC